AUGUUUUCUUUGUGCAUGCCUACUGAGUCACUCAAUCGUGUUCAGUUCUUUGCGACCUUAUGGACUGAAGCCCGCCAGGCUCCUCUGUCCAUGGGAUUUUUCAGGCAGGCAUGCUGGAGUGGGUUGCCAUUUAUUUUUCCAGGGGAUCUUCACGACCCAGGGAUCAAACCCGCAUCUCCUGUGUCUCCUGCAUCUUCAGGCAGAUCUUUAUCAUUUGAGCCACUUGGGAAGCCCAUAUAUUCUUCAGUGCUGCCUCAUUUGGCCUUAAAAUACUUUCACUACUCAGGAACUAGGAGAAUAGAACAUAAAUGUAUCGGGCAGCUAGACAUAACACAUAUUUCUGCAGGUUAA